AUGGAGGGCGAAGGGGCUCAGAGCGAGGACUAUGUGCUGAUACGUUCAAAAGACCAGUUGACUGCCUUCAAUGCGGCUCGCAAAAAUGUUCUGGAAGGAAAGGCACAAAUCGCGAACAGAACGACCGUCAACGUUUUCAAACUGCUGACGGAUAUUGGAGUUCCGAGUCACUUUGUCACUGGAGUAAGCGGUAGUGAAUUUAUUGCGAAGCACUGCGAGAUGAUUCCCAUCGAGUGGGUGGCAAGGCGUAUAGCGACUGGAUCAUUUCUCAAGCGGAACCCCGGCGUUCCACAGGGAUAUCGAUUCGACGAACCAAAGAUUGAGACGUUCUUCAAGGAUGACGCCAAUGAUGAUCCACAGUACUCCGACGAGCAGAUCUUGUGUUCUAACUUCGAGUUCAAUGGAGUGAAAAUAGGAAAGACCGAGAUUAACUUGAUGAAGCGCAUGACAUCGGUGAUUUUUAAAGUGCUGGAGCGGUGCUGGGGGAAACAUUGCUGUUCUUUGGUCGAUAUGAAGGUUGAGUACGGUGUCACUACUAAAGGUGAAAUCGUACUUGCUGACGUUAUCGAUAACGACUCGUGGAGAGUUUGGCCACUUGGCAAUCGUGGCCUUCAGUUGGACAAGCAAUUUUACAGAGAUAUGAAGGAGGUGACACCGGAAGGGUUGCAACAACUUACGAGCAAUUAUGAAAAGGUGAUGGAGAUAACUGCUAAGUUUUCAACGCCGUCAAGCUGUCGUGCCUUAAUUAUUAUGGGUUCGCCUUCUGAUCAGGCUCACUGCGACAAAAUUGCUUCCAGUUGUCGAUCGCUCGGAAUCAAACCUAUCAUUCGCGUCAGUUCCGCUCAUAAGACGACACAUGAAACAUUGAACAUCGUUGCGGAAUACGAUGAUGAUGAAACUCCCACAGUCGUCAUUGCUGUUGCUGGUCGUUCAAAUGGCUUGGGACCAGUCAUAGCUGGGAACUUCACUUUGCCUGUAAUCAACUGCCCUCCUUUGACUGAAGACAACAUGACAAGUGAUGUUUGGUCUUCAUUGAGGAUGCCUUCCGGGCUUGGGUGUUCAACUGUCAUUGGCGCUGAUGAAGCAGCUCUGUGCGCUGCUAAGGUGAGUUUCCCAGCUACCGAAAUAGAAGAAUGA